ACCCUUCCUGGUACGAUGACGUUGUGGGGCGGGGCCAGAAAGAAUUGGGGCGGGGAGUUCUCGAGUGACGCCAACGAAGGGGCGGGGCUUUCCCGUCAGUCAGUCCGGUUCUCCGUUCUUUCCCGGGACCGGAGGUUGGUUGGGGCCGCGGCCCGCAGAGAUUCGCAAAGGAAGAUGGCGCCGCCAGCGGAGGAGCGGGGGCUGAAGAGCAUCGUGUGGCAGAAAAUAAAAACAACAGUACUUGAUGAUUGUAAAAAGGAAGGAGAAUGGAAGAUAAUGCUUUUAGAUGAAUUUACCACUAAGCUUUUGGCAUCAUGUUGUAAAAUGACAGAUCUUCUAGCAGAGGGUAUAACUGUUGUGGAAAAUAUUUAUAAGAAUCGCGAGCCUGUCAGACAAAUGAAAGCACUUUAUUUUAUCACCCCAACGUCAAAGUCUGUAGAUUGUUUUUUACGUGAUUUCUCAAGUAAAUCAGAAGGCAAAUAUAAAGCAGCAUAUGUAUACUUCACUGAUUUUUGUCCUGACAGCCUGUUUAAUAAAAUUAAGUCUUCCUGUUCUAAGUCUAUAAGAAGAUGUAAAGAGAUAAAUAUAUCUUUCUUUCCACUUGAGUCUCAGGUAUUUACUCUUGAUGUACCCGAUGCAUUCUAUUAUUGUUACAGUCCAGAUACAGGGAGUGCAGAUGGCAAAAAUGAUAUUAUGGAAGCCAUGGCUGAGCAGAUAGUUACUGUGUGUGCUACUUUGGAUGAAAAUCCUGGAGUCAGGUAUAAAAGCAAACCUUUAGAUAAUUCAAGAAAACUUGCUGAACUAGUUGAAAAAAAACUUGAAAACUACUACAAGAUUGAUGAAAAAAGCCAAAUAAAGGGUAAAACUCAUUCUCAGCUCUUAAUAAUUGAUCGUGGCUUUGACCCAGUGUCCACUGUACUUCAUGAACUAACCUUCCAAGCAAUGGCAUAUGAUCUACUACCAAUUGAGAAUGAUACAUACAAAUAUAAAACAGAUGGACCCAAUGGAAAGGAGAAGGAGGCAGUCCUUGAGGAAGAUGAUGACCUUUGGGUCCGAAUUCGACAUCGGCAUAUCGCAGUUGUGUUGGAAGAAAUCCCCAAGCUUAUGAAAGAAAUUUCAUCAACAAAGAAAGCAGCAGAAGGGAAGACAUCUCUUAGUGCUCUUACCCAGCUGAUGAAAAAGAUGCCCCAUUUCCGCAAGCAGAUUACUAAGCAAGUGAUACAUCUUAACUUGGCAGAAGAUUGCAUGAGUAAAUUCAAGCCAAACAUAGAAAAGCUGUGCAAGACGGAACAGGACCUGGCUCUUGGAACGGAUGCAGAAGGACAGAAGGUGAAAGAUUCUAUGCGAGUGCUUCUUCCAGUUCUGCUCAACAAAAAUCAUGACAAUUAUGAUAAAAUAAGAGCUAUCCUACUUUACAUCUUCAGUAUGAAUGGAACUACACAAGAAAAUUUGGACAAAUUGGUCCAGAAUGUAAAGAUAGAAAAUGACAGUGACAUGAUCCGUAACUGGAGUUACCUGGGUGUUCCUAUUGUCCCUCAAUCUCAACAGGGCAAAUCAUUGAGAAAGGAUCGCUCUGCAGAAGAAACCUUUCAGCUCUCUCGAUGGACACCUCUUAUCAAGGACAUCAUGGAGGAUGCCAUUGAUAAUAGGCUAGAGUCAAAGGAAUGGCCUUAUUGUUCCCAGUGCCCUGCAGUAUGGAAUGGCUCGGGAGCUGUAAGUGCUCGUCAGAAACCCAGAACUAAUUAUUUAGAGGAUCGGAAGAAUGGCUCAAAGCUGAUUAUCUUUGUGAUAGGAGGAAUUACAUAUUCUGAGAUGCGCUGUGCUUAUGAAGUUUCUCAGGCACACAAAUCUUGUGAAGUUGUUAUUGGUUCUACUCAUAUUUUGACACCCAGAAAGCUGUUGGAUGAUAUAAAGAUGUUAAGCAAACCCAAGGACAAAGUUUCCUUUAUUAAGGACGAAUGAGAUUUUAUGCUUGAAGAAUCUUAUAUAAAUCUUCAACUAAAAUGUACUAAGGAAACAUUGCUGUCAUGUAAUUUAAAUUAUGUAAAUAUAGUGUAUUCAGUAACUUUUCUAGACAGGUUCUUAGGGGCUUCUAAAAUAAUUAAAGUAUUGCUGCUCUUGGGUAUAAAGAUAAGAUAAAGUAUAGAAAUACUUCCUAAAAUGGAAAACUUUUCACCCUUGAAAUAAUGUUGGAUUUUUGACAGUGAAUUUUCAUAACCACCUAUUAAUGUUAAUGGCUUGUUGAUAAGAGUGAUCCAUGCUGAAAUUUUGUUUUUGAAGAGAAAGGAAUAUGAUUUUAAAAGGCCUAGAUAAGAAGUUGGAGAGAUUAUGCUGUAAAUUUGUCUGUGUAGUAAUAUGAUUUCCUAUGAAUGCAAUUUUCUCGUUUGAUUAAAAUUUGGAAUAAAAUUAAUGAAACAGCUUGUAGGAAAAAAUCUCAGUUGUCUGAAAAAUUCUAAAGUUAAUAAGUUGUACACAAUUUAAAAAUCAUGUAUGUUUAAGUCAAACAGGGAAGGAGAAAAUAAUGGAAAGAAAUAACAAAAUAAACCUUUACUUUGAAACAUGUUA